GUGCUGUUACUUCAAAUAUAGUUUUCCUGCUAUAGGCAGAGGCUAGUUCACCCAGUGUCUUUAUAGUGGUGAGCACCAGUACACAGAUUUCUAGCAAAACAAAAUGAAUAAUGCAAACGUCGUAAAAAGAGGUCGAUAUGUGAAGCUCUUUUAGACUCCUAUCAACUCUGAUAGUUUGGCCACGCGUCACAAUGACGCAGGAAAUUAUGUUAAUAAUGUGUUUUUCUGUAUAUAUGUGACCACCACGUAACUUAGGAAAAGUUGUAAAAUUUCAAUAUGAAAAAAAUACAGGUUUAAUACUGUAUCUUACAGUCAGAACUUUGGCCUGCACGAUAAUAAGAUUCAUAUCGUGAAACACGGGGGUUGGCAAUUAGCAAAAAUUAUGUCCCUAUUCUACAGGUAUGCGAGUGAUGGAUUUCCGAGUGAAGUGAAAAAGCUUCCCAGACAAACUUCUGAGGUCCAACUUCAAUACUGUAGAAUGAAUAAUGUCAGUGUGUGGCAAUACAACACCAACAGCAUUAGUGGAAACAAUAUAGCAUAUUACUAACUGUAAGUGUAUACGCUGUACAAUGCGUGCACUUUAAGAUACCAGAAGAACAAUUCACAUUACUGUACUGUAGGCCUAUGUUAAUGUCGAGCAGUCCACGUCGCAGUUACAAUGUCAUUGUUCACAUAAAUGGUGAAUUCUAAAAUGAAAACGGUACAAGACACCCGAGUCUAAUAUGUAGUACGCAGGUUUAAAUACUGUACUAGUACUACUAAAACAAACAAAAAAAAAAACUGCAAAGCUUAAGAAAUAACAGCUGAAUAGAAGAAAAAAAAAUGCAGGUCGUCUUGACUCCCAACUCGCUCUUGAACUAGGUCACUCAUACAUAAAUUAAUGAAACUACAUUUUCCCUUCUGUUAUUACAACCCCCCUCUCAUUCGAUCCUUUCGCUUGGCUACCGCCCUCUGUCUGGUCUCGACUUUUCUCGUCUAGUCUGGUCUGGUCUGCCCAUUGCACCACCGCCACUGACCGCACCUCCUCCGCAAAGCGCCAGGCUUCCGACUGCCGCGCAGCGAAGAACACAGACACACACAGCCGGAGAAAUAAACGGGGGAUUUUCUCGCGAGGAAGGACGCCAUUAUCGGAAUUCAAACAAACAACACGAGAAUUCAUCAUUCACACGGAUGCUGGUUCUUUUCUCUGCCCUGUUCUCUUCUCAAGUAAAGUGCUGCUGGAGCACACUGAUUGGUGGGAUCCCUCGUCCGAACGGGAGGUGCCUUCCCCAGCCUGUUGCUGAUUGGUUAAUUCCUGAGGUGCUUCUCUGGUUGGUGGGUUUCUCGACAGCUCUCUGAAUGAUGUCUGAACAGGACCUGGCGGAGAUGGUGCAGAUAGCGGUGGAGGACUUGAAUCAAGACCACCCAGUGGUUUUGGAAAACCAUGAAGAGACUGAAGACUGCGACAAACCGGACAGAAAACGACAGCGGACAGACAUGAACUGUCAGGAUACGAUCAAGUCCCUGCUGUACUCCAUCAACCAGACGAUCUGCCUGCGGCUGGAUAACAUUGAAGGCAAGCUGCAGGCCCUGGAGGCCACCUACAAGUCCCUGGAGGAGAAGCUGGACAUGGUGAUGAACAAGAACCAGGGCCCCAUCCAGGUACCCAUGGUGGCAGGAUCUCCGCUGGGAGCUACACAGACCUGGAACAAAGUGCGAUGUGUGGUUCCACAGACUAACGUCAUUGUAAGUAGCGACCGGCAAAAGGUUUCCGGACCGGAGGAAACAGUCACCAGAGCAACAGAAUCACUGGAGAAUCUUCUUAGCAAUGCUCUUCCGGGACGCAGGCAGAACACAAUCCUGGUGAAGGUCCCAGCGGCGGACGAUAGCCACAACGAGGACGCUGAGAGCGGAUCCGAGGCCAGUGACUCAAUCUCCAACAGCGGCCAGGGAGGAGGGGGUGCCGUGGGGAACAAUGUCACUCUCAUCACCCUCAACUCGGAAGAGGACUACCCUAGCGGCACGUGGCUGGGAGACGAGAGCAACGCAGAGAUGCGGGUUCGCUGCCCCAUCUCGGCCGCGGACAUGCUGCACAUCAGCACGAACUGCCGCACAGCGGAGAAGAUGGCUCUGACUCUUUUGGACUACCUCUUCCACCGAGAGAUCCAGGCCGUCUCCAAUCUCUCUGGCCAGGGCAAGCAUGGCAAGAAGCAGCUGGACCCCCUCAUGAUCUACGGCAUUCGAUGUCACCUGUUCUACAAGUUCGGUAUCUCAGAGUCGGACUGGUACCGGAUCAAGCAAAGCAUUGACUCUAAGUGUCGGACGGCCUGGCGCAGAAAACAGCGCGGGCAGAGCCUGGCAGUGAAAAGCUUCUCCAGACGCACCCCCGCCGCCACAGAUGGAUUGCAGAGCACUGAGGCGUCUCCCACAGAUGGCCAGCAGACCGUACAUUACACCCUGUCCAACACACAGCAAGUCCAGAUCCACCGCAUCGGCGAGGAUGGGCAGAUGCAGGUGAUUCCCCAGGGACACCUACACAUUGCCCAAGUACCACAGGGGGAGCAAGUCCAGAUCACACAGGACAGUGAGGGUAACCUGCAGAUACACCAAGUGCAUGUUGGUCAAGAUGGUCAGGUGCUCCGGGGUGCUCAGCUCAUUGCGGUGGCAUCUACCGACGCCUCCACUACAGGAGUGGACGGGUCACCCCUCCAAGCCAGUGAUAUCCAAGUCCAGUACGUACAGUUGGCUCCAGUAACUGACCACUCUGCUGCAGUUCAGGGCACAGAGGCUCUGACUUCAACACUGCAGUCUGACUUGGAGAUUAAGCACGGGGCGAUUCAGAUCCAGCAGGGGGAGAACGGGGAGGUGCUACAGAUCCAGAUGCCAGGCAGCUGAAGAAUGAAGAGACAUCAGCCACACCACACCCUGGGGAGAAGAAGUAUAUCUGAAACAAAAUUUCUGGAAAAAAAUACCUUUUUUUUUUUUUUUUUUUAUAUGACGCGUUGGACAAGGUGCUACUGCGAUUUGUCAUUUUUUCAUGUCUUUCAAAGAGUUUGGUGACAAGCUUUGCUAUUUCACAUAGAAUACAACCAGUAGAAGAAUAUGUAUAGAUUGUUUAAUAAAAUAAUAAAGCAUCUGUUUUGGUGUUUCAGUGAGUAGAUACGGUAACUAAAUGUUUGCAAGAGAGGUUUUUUUUUUUUCUUCCAACAAUAAAGACUUUUUUUUUUGUUUCUAUAACUUUACCAUAGUCCUUUGUUAGCUGCAGUUGUGACACUGCUGGUUUUGUAUUGUUUUUGUUCGUUGGGAAAUAUACCUUCAGUAUGAUUGUUACUGCAAAUGCAAUUCUACAGUCGUUUUUGCUCUGUCCCAGUAUAGUACAAGCUGUUGGUGUGGGUUUUAUUUUCAUCAGAAGUGGAACACUCAGCAAUUUCAAUGUUAAUAAUACAAUACUUGUCACUUGAAAACCCUGUAAAUAUUUUUGCUUUUCUGUAAAAUGUGCAGUCGUCCAGGCGUUUUUAACAUAUUUUACAUUGCAGCUGGAUCAUUAGUCUAAAGAAAAACUGCCAGUCAGCUAUGAAGUUACGAGAAAAAAAGCAAGAAGGUUAAUCUGCUCUCCAGUAAGUCCUUUAAAAGUAUUAUAUGUAGGAAAAGUGAACACACAAUGGGGAAAGUUCCACUCAUUUUUACUUGAGCUGUACAGCUGGAGUCUUGUUUUUUGGCACAACUGGUGUCUAUUCAGUUGAUCUGAAGAGAGGCUGAUCAUAAACCUUUUUGUUAUUUGAUAUUACUGUAGCUUUAUUUGAGGAACAAAAAAAAUGUUUACUGUUGUGUGUGGACCCCAGUUUCACCCAUCGUAUGAAAAACAAAUAAAAUGAGAACUGAUCUCAUCAACCACAGUGGUAGUCUUAGCCUUUUGAGGGCUGUGCUAAUGGGUGCCAGAUCUUUGAAACAGUUCCCUGUGUAGCAGGGAGAGCCCCUGUGCUAUUGAUUGCAGCAGUAAAACCAAAGCUUUUACUAUGGGAUGAUUAAGAUGCAACCAAGCUUGUGACAUGUAUAUAUCAGAUAAUUAACAUCCAACUCAAACUGCCCGGCAAUGUGGGUUUUAUUUCCAUCCCUGUGCAGUAUUUGCAUUUGCCACCAAUUAGAUCAGAUGAAUAGCUGCCAUUGAUAUUUAGUAUGCCUAACUUCACUUUGGCAAUUUUUGGCUUUGACUGUCUAUAUGUGGUACUGCUGAGGGAACAUAUUUACCAUGCCUGUAUUCAGUGAAUUUAAAAGAAAAAACAAGUGCCUUUAUAGGUUCUACCAUGUUAUUAAAUAAUAUGUAAUUUA